AUGCCUUUAUCAAUAGAUAAAGACUCGGACGACAGUUCCAGUUCAUCUGGAAGUCCAGCCAGUUCCAUUGGCAAAAUGUGUACCAUUUGUCGAUUGGAACCAGUCACUGUUUAUUACCUAAAAGUCGGCGUUUGUACUGGAUGUCGAGCGUUCUUUCGACGUUCCGUAAAACAGAAAAAGCAUUACAAAUGUCUGAAUGGAAGACUGUGCGGGCAAAGUCAAUGUGAGUCUUGAAAAUUAUGUUUUUAAACUUUUUUUAAAACUUAAAAAGCUUUUGAUUUUUUUUAAUUUAAAAACAUAAAAUUGAUUUUAAUUAGCAUUUUAUUGUUUUAUAAUUGCUUUUUGUACUGGCUGGAAGACAAAGUUUUUUGUUUUCAGUAGUACCAACAAGACGGGCGUGUAAGUACUGUCGGUUUCAGCGAUGUAUUCAAGCAGGAAUGUUGGAAUCAAGUAAGUCUGACGUCAUACAUAACAAAUGUUGUAGAACUCCAGUGUCACGAAUGGUUUUAAAAUUCAAAUCUUUUAAAAUUUUUUGUUAAAAAAGGGUUUUUUAUAGAGGAGUUUCGUUGUAAAAAAGUUUUACUGUACUUCUUUGAACAAAAACUAUUUUCUUGGUCUACUGUAAGAUCCCAAAACCUAUUUCCAAAGCGAUUAGUUAAACAAAUUUUUAUUCAAAAAGAAUAUUUUAAAAGUUAUUAUGAAACAAAAGUUAAUUUUGAGUCUUAUCUUUUCAAUCACAAUAUCAUGAAUAUCUUUUCAGAACUCCAACUCCACUCAGAUCAACGUGAGAAGUACUCGACCUUCUCCAAAAAGAUCCCAGUAGUUAAUACCGACAUCUUCCUCAACGAAAACAUUGGUGAAAUGUUACAAGAAUUUUUGAAAAUGAGACGACGAGUUGUAUUCGAAUUCACAGCCAAUUGUCGGCGUCAAUUUGGAAACGUUCGGGCAGGUGACAAUCUCUUGAAUGAGGCCAAGGAAAGUGAAAGUGGUCAACAUGACAUGGCAGUGUCGAGGAUAGAGUUUGGAGUGUACGAUCAGAUCGUUCGUAACGAGUUUUCGACCUUUCAGAGCAUUCCUGAUGAUGAUUGGGUAGGUUAAUAUAUUAUUUUGGUUGAUGAUAGGGAAUUGAAUUUAAAAAUUUUAAUUUUAGAGUUCCCGUUAAAACUGCAAAUUUAAAAUUAAAAUUUCAGACUGAACUCUCAAAAUAUUGCUACGUACAGUACUGGGACCUCCUAGGCCGCGUCCUAACAACAAUGCGCUUUAAUGGCCAUGAAUGUGGCCAAAGCUACAACUCGGACGGAACAUAUCACACGUUAACACACACCUCAACCCAACUCUAUUGGUCGUACCUAUACCCAACCAUUAAGAUGGACCAACCUCACAUUGUCUACACACGGAUUCACGAAUACAUGUACGGUGUAGCGGUGAAUCUGGUACAAUCCGUCACGUUGGCAUUCGCUCGUGCUCAUUUGGAUGAAGUUGAGACGGCAGCAUUACUAUUGUUACUGUGUACGUCAUUAGAAUGUAAACGGCUGGUCAGUAUGAAGACGAGGAUGUUAUUGGAGGAUUGUCGCCAAGAGACCUUGAGGGGAUUGGGAGCGCAUAUCAAGAGUACGGGCAGGGACAUUUCGCAACGAAUGCCUGUUAUCAUCAUGUUGAUAUCGGAGUUUCAAGUAAGUUUUAGGGUAUCAUGGUUCAUAUUUGAGUAUCAAUGUUCAUAUUUUUUCAUAUGCCAUCUAUAACUUGAUAUUAACUUGUUCAAUUAAUUCAGCGCCUCUAACCAAAAAAAAUCUUUAAAAGGGAGCCCAGAAUUAUUUGAAACUAAUAUGCCAUCUAUAACAUAUUGUUAGGUUUUUUCAAAUAAUUUUGUGCCCCUAACCGUAACAUUUUCUUUGAGAGGGGCAGAGAAUUAUUUGAACAACCUAGUAUGACAUUUAUAACAAGAUAUGUCAAAUCCUAUAAGCUCACCAUUCCAGAGCCUCUCCCGCAUCACCCACUACGCCAUGCUACUGAUCCAUCGCGCCACGAAAGGCGAAGCCUACCCGGAGAUCUUCCGUGACAUGCUGAGUAACCUGGAGAACGUACUCCAACCUCAGCCGGACAUGACCGAUGGUAUUGUUGCGAAUUAA